AAAAAGCCAUAUUGAUAAAUAAUUCAUAAAAUAUAUCAAUUGGAUAAAUUUCUAUUACAGACGUUCAGGGGAAAAACCACAAUUAAAGGAAAAAGAAAUUGGAGGCAGUGAGGGUAGGAGGCGACCAAUUCAAAGCGAGGUUCACGCCAAGAGGGAAGCCCAAUCCGAAAUCUAUGAUGAGAGAGAGCGCGAGACGACGAUGGCGAUGCUACAAAGCAUUGUCGUUUUCACCCUCCUUCUCCUUAUGUUGAUCCUUAUCAUCAUCAUCAUCAUCAUCAUCAUCGUCUUCGCCUUCAAACCAUGGCGCUUCUUCUCCUACCCCUCUCGCUGUCGUGCUAUCAAGGUUGGUGAGUUGGAGAGACCUCUUGUAUCAAAUGAUGUAGAUCUGGCUCAAGAUCAAAGCAAUGAUUUGACAAGAAACUAUGAUUUAGAAGGAGAGUGUCACCUAAAUGCAGCUCUUCUGCGGCCACCUCGUACUGAGGGACUUGUUCACAAACAACGGCUUUCCUCUGCAUCUCGCCGUUUGGCUCUGGGUGAUAGCGUGGUUGGAGAUGUAUCUGAUCCUUUAGAUGGUAUUUUGGUUGGUCAGACACUAAAGCGUCGAGUGGUGACAGAGCACUUAGUUGAACUGCAAAAACAUGGUAGACCAGAAAACCAAAGCCAAAACUUGAGAUUUGGCACGGAAAAUGAUAGACCACAAGAGUCUGUGCCCAACACCGACGCUAUCAGUGAUCAAAGAAGUUGCCUCUCUCUUCAGGUUGUCUCGGGUCCUUCUUGUGGACUUCAUUGUUCUGUACUGUCAACAAGCACUGCAAGGCUACCAUUGACCCUUGGAAGAGUUCCUCCAAGUUAUUUAUUAUUGAAGGAUUAUGAGGUUUCUGGAAAGCAUGCAAUGAUAACUUGGAAUUUAAAUAAAUUGAGAUGGGAACUGGUGGACAUGGGUAGUCUGAACGGGACACUGUUGAAUUCUCGUCCAAUUAAUCAUCCUGAUCCUGGAAGUAGGCUAUGGGGUGACCCAGUGGAACUUGCAAGUGGAGACACAAUAACAGUUGGCACAACCUCAAACAUUUAUGUUCAUAUUUCAUCCCACAAUGAGCGUCUGGUCCCUUUUGGAGUUGGUAUGACUUCAGACCCUAUGUCAUUGCGUCGAGGAGGAAAGAAGCUUCCAAUGGAAGAUGUUUGCUAUUAUCAUUGGCCUCUUCCUGGCAUUUAUCAGUUUGGAGUUUUUGGUAUCUGUGAUGGACAUGGUGGUGUUGUUGCAGCUAAAUCCGCAAGCAAGAUUCUGCCUGAGAUGGUUGCUACCAUUUUAGCGGACUCUGUAAAAAGAGAGAGGGUUGUGUCAGAACAAGAUGCCUCAGAUGUUCUCAGAGAUGCAUUCUCUCAGACAGAAGCUUCUAUGAAUAACUAUUAUGAGGGCUGUACGGCGACACUGCUUCUGGUUUGGGCUGAUGCUGAUGAAAACUUUUUUGCACAAUGUGCAAAUGUUGGAGAUUCUGCAUGUUUUAUAAACAUGGACGGUAAACAGAUUAAGAUGACUGAAGACCAUAAAGUAACGAGUUGUUCUGAAAGACUCCGAAUUGAAGGAAUAGGGGAACCAUUAAAAGAUGGGGAAACACGGUUAUGUGGUUUGAACCUCGCUAGGAUGCUUGGAGACAAAUUUGUGAAACAGCAAGAUUCUCGCUUUAGUUCCGAGCCUUAUAUUAGUCAAGUCGUGCAUCUCAAAAAAUCAAGUGGCGCAUUUGCACUACUGGCAAGUGAUGGAUUGUGGGAUGUUGUUAGCUUUAAGAAGGCAGUUCAGUUAGUUGUACAGACGAGGGAGAGACAUCCGACAGAAACGGAGAAUUUGGCAGAGAAGAUUGCUGAAGUAAUGUUGGAUGAGGCUAGAACUCAGCGCACAAAGGACAACACCUCUAUUAUUUUCAUAGAUUUUGACUCCAUUUCCACCGUCUCUUCUUGUAAAGUCCGUCCCUAAAUGUGAUUUUCAAGCCCUUUCUUUCUUUUAGUGUGAAAUUUUUUAUUAAUUUUAUUUCCUAAUGUUAUUUUCUAUUUUGCUAUCACCCUUCCUUUUAGGCCUUAGCCGUUAUAUGAUGGCUGCUUUAAUGGAAUGUACUUUUUUUUCUUUCUAAUGUAUAUAAUUGAAAGAAAGAGUGCAGCAUUUAAUCAA